AUGGCCGUGAUUUCGAUUGUCGAUGCAGAAGAAAUCUGGUUCAAGGCCGCUUUUGGUCUCGAUGCGACAGAAACGCAUCGGGAAAACUCCUUCUGCGGGCAUACCAUCCUUUCAGAUGAUGUUCUGAUUGUGCCGGACGCACAGGCAGACAGCAGAUUUUGCGACAUCCCGCUUGUCACCGGAGACGUCGGCGCCCGAUUUUAUGCCGGUUGUCCAGUUAUUGUAGACGACAAACAUCGUAUCGGAACGAUCUGCGUCAUAGAUACAAAACCCCGCAGUGUGAACGAGGAGCAAAUCGCCCAGCUGCGCAACCUGGCAAAGAUCGUCGAAGGUCUCAUCAAGGCCCACAAGGCAGGCCUGAAAACCCGGGAAGCGCUACAAGAAGCGCAACUCGAGCAGGACAGAGCACGCCGGAACCAGGACCUGCUCAAGGAAAUCACCCUUGUUUCGGGCGUAGGCGGUUGGGAGUACGACCCAAAAACGGACGCAAUGACCUGGACAGCAAAGACCCGGGAAAUUCAUGAGGUCGGGCCAGACAUUCAACCGAACUUGAACACCGCGUUGAGCUUUUAUCCAUCCGACAGUCGCAAAGCGCUAAGAGCAGCAUUCGAGACUGCCUUCGAAACCGGUUGCGGCUGGGAUCUUGAGCUCAAUCUUGUCACCGCCGGGGAUCGGCAAAUCUGGGCACGGGUUGUCGGAAAUCCCGUAUUCGAAGGAGGGUCGGUUCGCCGCAUCAUCGGCGCGCUUCAGGACAUUUCAGACAGCAAACGCAAGCAGGAGGAAGUCCGGACCUCCGAGGUCAUCCAGCGAACAACGCUCGAAGCACUUCAGGAAGGUAUUCUUCUCGUAAGCCCUUCAGGCAAGAUUCAGUCGUCAAACAAGGCUGCCUCGCAACUUCUGGGUUAUCCGGAAACCACCUUGGUCGGAUCCAAUGUCCACGACCUUCAGCUGACUUUUCAAGACGUAGCCGAUGCCGGCAGCCAUCGCGUGAGCCCGCUGGUUCUCGCCGUGACCGACCCGGGACAGGAUCUGGAUCUCGAAGUUCAACUUACGGAAGCCGGAUCCGGACAGGUCCGAUGGCUCCGGAUCAAUGCCAGGCCUGUCGACGAAAACAGUGUUCACGGCCCGGAUUGCGUGGUCGUGUCGCUCACCGACAUCACAAAGGUCAAACAGCAGUCCGACACUCUACAGGGGUUUUUCGACAAUUUCCCCGGCGGCCUGGUUCACUACAACACGCAGCUUCAACUCACCUUCUGGAAUGAAGAAUUUGCCCGUCUGCUUAACUUGCCACACGAUUUUCUCGACCAGCGGCCCAACUUGCGACAGGUCAUCAGGUAUCUUGCAGACCGUGGAGACUAUGGCCCAGGUGACCCGGCACUGAUUGCCGGCGAGAGGCUGGACAGGUACGGCGCCGGCAACCGGCACGCCUACGAGCGCAGAACCAGCGACGGCAAGGUUCUCGAAGUGCGCGGUACGCCGCUUCCGGGCGGCGGAAGCGUAUCGAGUUUUCUUGACAUCACCAGACGCAAACGCAUGGAAGAGCAGCUCGUUGAAAAGGAACAGCUUGCCAGCAAUCGCCUCUUCGAAAUGGAGGCGGUGAUCGCCAACAUGCGGCAGGGUGUCAGUGUCUUUGAUGGCGAGGGCCGCAUCACACUCUGGAAUACCGAUUUCCAGAAACUUUUCGGUAAACCGGAUGGCGAAAUCCGAAAGGGGAUGACGCUGGUCGAAAUGCUUCAGCUGGAGAAGGAACGGGGAGAAUUUCACGACGAUCCCUAUGCAUUUUACGCUGCCUUGAGAGAAAAACUGGAUGCCGGCAAAGUUGUCAAAACCAACUUCAAGCACCCCAAUGGCACGAUUAUCAGUAUCGUGCGCACGCCGCUUCCUGACGGGGGUUGGGUGGGUAUGCAUGAGGACGUGACAUCGCGUGAAAAGGCGACCGAGGAAAUCACAUAUGCCGCUCAUCACGACACGCUCACGGGGCUGGCCAAUCGAACGCUUUUCAACCUCAAGCUUGAAGACGCAAUCGCCAGGACAGAACACCACGAUGAAACAAGCGAUCUUCUGAUGAUUGAUCUUGAUCACUUCAAACCGGUGAACGACACAUACGGCCACGAUGUUGGCGAUGAUCUUCUGCUUCAGGCUGCGGUGCGCCUCAAUGAGUGCGUGCGAACGAAGGACACCGUCGCACGACUGGGCGGAGAUGAAUUUGCGAUCAUCGUCCGCAACACUGCCGGCGACCGGGAUCUGGCUUCCAGGAUUGCAGAGCGUGUUGUCGAAAAACUGAAGAAGCCCUACCACAUCAACGGUAACAUUCUCGAAAUCAGUGCAAGUGUUGGUAUUGCAUCCAUUUCCGGCGAACAAGUCGCGAGUCCGAUCCUAAAGAAGGCUGAUCUUGCCCUUUAUGCCGUCAAGAACGAAGGCCGCGACGGCUACAGGCAUUUCGAAGAAAACGCUGUGGAAACAGAUUGA